AUGACAAAAAUCAAUACCAUCACGGUAUCUCCCCCGUUGAUCAAUACGUCCUGCGCAUGGGCAGGCGAUUUCAAUCAACUUGAAGCCCUGUAUAAUUGUCCAUUCACCGGUGCAGUUACUACUCGUACGGCAUCGCUUCAUGGAUACAAAGAUAACGAGAACUGUGCAGUCGCGUUCUCAAUAACAUCCAUCACGUCGCUCAACUCUUACGGUUAUUCCCCUUAUCCUCUAUCCUACUACAUUUCGUGGAUAGAAACCAUCUUGAAGACUGCAUCGCCUAAUCCGCACAAGGCCUUCAUCAUAAGCGUGACUGCCUCUACUUGGCCAGAGCUUGAAUCUGUUAUCGCCGCAAUCCAGUCUCUUCGAACCAGUAUUGGGGAUCGUCAACCUGGUGGCUCCCGGAUCGCCGUCGAGCUCAACACGAGCUGCCCAAACAUCCCCGGGUCCCCACCGAAAGGAUACAUAUUCGAUGAUCUCCGGGAGCUGCUGAAUGGACUCGAGAUGGAGAAUCGCCGAGACCCUACGCUGACCAUCGGCCUCAAGCUCCCACCGUAUGUGUAUCAACAGCAGUUCAAGGAUGUGCUAAAUGUCCUGGCCGACUUUUCUACCGCUACGAUGGGUGCGGGGGGCGUGAUGAAGAAACGCAGUCCGUUUGCAUUUUUGACGUGCACAAACACGUUGGGGAACUCUUUGUUGUACCCUGAUCAGGUGGCACACAACGAGAGUACCAGUGGGAGCGACUUUGCCGUUCCGACUGGAUUGGGUGGGCUGGCUGGCGAGUCAUUGCAUGCUCUUUCGUUAGGAAACGUGUUUACGUUCCACAAACUACUGCAUGUAGACAGGGCCAAGGAGUACGAUGGGCUCGAGAAGAUCGUGAUUAUCGGUGUGGGUGGUGUGACAAGUAAGCAGGCUGUGGAGAGGAUGAAUAGAGCGGGCGCUGAAGUCGUUGGGUGUGCAACGUUCCUCGGAAAAGAGGGAAUCAAAGCCUUCCAGAUACUGUCGAGAGAAUGAACGGUGAAUGCGCUAUUAAAUAGGUAUAUAUAUAUAUAUAUAUACAUGUAUGUUAUGUUAAAUAGGUUGUACAUGUGUUUAGUAAUAUAGUAUUUGGGUUGAAUAAAUCUGUGCAAGAUACGCUGAAAAAAGGU